GACGACAUGUCAUGUUUUCCGUAUUGUGCUGUGGGAAGGGUAAUCAAGGGAUUUGGACGAGGCAGUAAAGAACUCGGAAUACCAACAGCAAACUACCCAGAGGAUGUAGUAGAACGGCUACCACAGGAGAUACAGGGAGGUGUGUACUAUGGCUGGGCUAAUGUCGAUAAUGGCACUGUGUUUAAAAUGGUGAUGAGUAUAGGCAAUAAUCCAUACUACAAAAACGAAAAAAGAUCAAUGGAAACACACAUCAUCCACAAAUUUGAGGAAGAUUUCUAUGGCAGUACAUUGAAAACAGUCAUGCUGGGAUUUAUACGACCGAUGAAGAAUUUCUCUUCUUUAGAUGAGCUUGUUACAGAAAUCCAUGCUGAUAUAGCCCACGCCAAAGAAAAGUUAGAACUACCAGAGAAUCUCGCACACAAAGACAACAAGUUUUUUGAUGAAAGUGACAAGAAACUAUCUUUUUGAUUUGUUAGUGAUUAAGAUAAUCACAUAUCAUGUUAGAUACAUAUGUCAUAGCAGGUUUUGAUAGCAAUAUUCAUAUGCAGUUAGCAAUCUCUUUCAUAGUGCAAUGCAGACUUUUAGACAGGGGGAUCGCAAUGCAUUAUGGGAUAGACUAGUGCAGAGACCUUUUUGAUUGCUACACAACAACCAGUAGAAUGCCUUGUUACAUAUGUACAUGUACCUAGUACAAUGAGUAUGGACCAAUCAUUGACAAUUUAACAUUGUUGGCUUGCUGGGUGUCUUAGAUAGCAGAUGGAGUGUGCAUAAAGAUUAAUUUAUCUAACCCUGGCAUGUCAUUUAGUUACUGUAGUAUGAAGCACAUCAGGGAGGAAACUUGAUUAAAACAAAUAUCUUAAUUACUGUAUUUAGUUAUUAAGUGCUAGAUAAUACAAGAAAAAGUACAUAAACAAAUUUUAAUUAGCUAAAAUGAAAUAGAAUGAGGUUAAAAUAGCUAGAGGCUAAACCAAUUCAUACGUUGAGACAUAGUAAGCUUUUAUUACAGUGAAACUAAAGUAAUUUAACUUACUUUCAAAACUUUUGAAAUUUAUACAUUCAUGUAAUUCCAGCAGGUGUACUUUUUGGGGCUGAAUUGAUUUCUUAAAAACAGAACAAAAAGCAGAAAAUUUACAUUACUCCUUUAUUUUCAGGAUAUGUUCAUUGUUAAACUUUUUUAACAGCUGUAGACUUCUGUAUUUGUGGGAAUAAGAGAAAUCUUUGUCUAAAUUAUUGUUUGUGAAGCCAAUUUCGUAUGUGGAAACACGUCUUUAGAAUAAUGUAAUGACCUUUUUGUAAUCCUUUACCAGUAAAACUGGAGGAAUGCAUUAACAACAUGCAUUGUGUAUGUUCCAUGUAGUCACAGGGUAUUCCAUACAGUCAUAAGGUUACUACACCCUACUUUUUGAAAGGGUACAUGUCAAUUUUAUUUAUUCUCCUGAAAAUCUUACAUGUCUGAAGUUAAAUGAUGAAAGUGUGAAGCCAUGAAUGGAUUAUUUAUAAUCAGUAAUAUAAUUAGAUGAGGCAAGUGGAAACUCAAAUGUUUUAAAAUGAAGUUUGUUUUGUGUGGUGAUGAGUGAAGAUGAAGAAGUCCAAACGCAGUUUGAGUGUUGUAUGUUUAUUGUGAUGUAGGCUAUGAAGAGAUGGAACACUCAGAUACAUACUGGUUAGAGAUGUGGUCGUAUUUAUACUAGCCAUGUUAAUUGACUGAUAAAAUACUAAUACACAUUAGCUAACAGUUAACCACGGAUUGAAUAAUACAUGGGUUAUUGCCAUGGUCUUACACUGACCAUUAUACAGACUGCAUAGAUAGGCUUCAGGUAAUGACUUAUAUAAUCAGGGAACGAAAUAAUACAUGAACAUUUGUAGUAGAUCAGUAACGACAGAAUACCUCUGGUCACUGGUAUAUAUAUUUGUUCAUAGUAGAUGUCAGUACUAAAUUACUACAGGCAGAUACAUUAUGAUGAAACAUCUGACUUAUGUCUAGCACAAUUUUUUGAAUAAUUUAAUUAACUUACAUAUAAACUUCUAAUAGUUGAGUUUCAUAGAAACCCUGUAUUCUUAAAAUAGUCCAUUGGAAUGCCAGGACAAGAAAUGUUCUACCAUGCAUUUGACUUCUGAAAUGAUAAAUUAAUUUUAUCAAAUAUAUAUAUUUUUUUUAGAUUUGAUGUUCAUAAAAUAGCAAAACAGGCCCUCUCACGUGAGAUAAUUGUAAUUUGCUUCCAAAAAUUUCUGAAAAAUAUCUAAUCUGCGAAAAAUGUUAAAGUGAAUUUAAGUUAGAAUUAGCUAGCUGACAACUGAAAAAUCCUGCUUUUUAAUUGUAUGUUAAAUCAAGACACAUUUACACUUAAAAUUAAGUUUUAGAGACUUUUGGUGCACUAGGGUGUUAAUGUGGCAAUAGUCUUGUUGUAUGGAGAAUAUACCAGUAGUGUCAGGGAAAUAUCAUACAGGUAGUGUCAGGGAAACAUCAUAUACAGGUAGUGUCAGGGAAAUAUCAUACAGGUAGUGUCAGGGAAAUAUCAUACAGGUAGUGUCAGGGAAAUAUCAUACAGGUAGUGUCAGGGAAACAUCAUACAGGUAGUGUCAGGGAAAUAUCAUACAGGUAGUGUCAGGGAAAUAUCAUACAGGUAGUGUCAGGGAAACAUCAUACAGGUAGUGUCAGGGAAAUAUCAUACAGGUAGUGUCAGGGAAACAUCAUACAGGUAGUGUCAGGGAAACAUCAUACAGGUAGUGUCAGGGAAACAUCAUAAAGGUAGUGUCAGGGAAACAUCAUACAGGUAGU